AUGCUGUACCUCCACGGAGGCUCGUUCGUGACGUGGCAGCCCCAGGACCUGCCGUACAGAUCGCUCGGCACGCGGCUCGCGAGGGCUUGCGGCGUGUGCGUGCUGUCCAUCGACUACCGCAACGCCCCAGAACACCUCUUCCCCGCCGCCUUCGACGACUGCGCCGCGGCGCUGGAGAGUGGGCCGCGUCGCACGGCCCCGGGAGCCCGACGGCCGAGUCCGCGGCCAGGGACCUCUUCGUGUGCGGCGACAGCGCGGGCGGCACGCUGGCGCUCGGCGUCUGCGUCGACCCGCCUCCGGCGGUGCGCGGCCUGCUGCGGGGGGUCGUCGGCAUCUCUCGGCGGCGGUGACGGAUACAUCCCCGCCUCGCCCCUCUCCGCCUGGACCGACAUGACCGCUUCGCUGCCGAGCUACGACACGCGGUUGUGGGACCCCGAGAAGUGCUUCGGGGACGCCACGAACGCCCACUGCCAGUGCCGGCAGGACGGCCGCGACGAGGCGGAGGGCUACUUGGGCAGGGGCGGCGUCGAGAGGCACGGCCGCGAUUGGCGCGCGAGCCCGUUCUUCGUUCCGAGCGCGAGGCUCCGCGCAAUGCCCGCGGUGCUGCUUCACGUGGGGGACUACGAGCUGCUGCUGGACGACUCGGUGCAGCUUCAUAGGAAGCUGGUGCAGGCCGGGCACCGCGACGCGACGUGCUCGGUGUACCCGCGCAUGUGGCACGUCUGGCACCAGUACAGCGAGGGAGGCGGGGAGCACAGGCCGCUGCAGAAGGCGCUGCGGGCGGUGCGCGAGAUCGGGCAGUGGGUGACGGCGCGCAAGUCGUGA